AUGGCACUUCAGAGCAUCAGAGCAUGGUUGACAGUCAUGUUAUGCUUUGUGCAUAUCAAUGCCGUACCCAUUACGCCUACAUGCGGACUUCAGAGAAGAUUGAUGGACCAAUCUCACAGCCUUCUGGAAAGCAUGGGUGGUCGGUUUCCUGUGGAGUGUCUUGAUCACUAUGUUAAGAUUACGCUCCCAUCAUCUGCAUUUAACACCUCUGAGGCUACAGACAAUGCUGGUGCAGAGAAGAUGGCUUAUGAAACUCUCAAAUUAAUCGACACUUUGUUUGCGAAUGACUCUAUGCCGACCAGCUGGAACAACCUGGAGGAUUUUCAGAGUUUAAUUUAUCGUCAGAUUGAGGAAAGCAGAUGUAUUAUGAGCAAAACGCAAUCGUCCCUGAAUGAUUUCCAGGAUAGAAAUACUGCACUGAAAACGUUCUUUGACAAAAUAGCAAACAUUUUGAAAGAGAAGGAAUCCAGUAUUUGUGCGUGGGAGGUGGUUCGACAACAGAUAUUAUCCACACUCAGAUUUAUUCUCCAGAGCUCCGACUACCUUUUAUAG